UACUUCUGGCGCUCGCGGAGAGAAAGAAACAUCGCUUGGAACUGUUUAUCCUGACGUCAGUUUGAACAGCUCGCACUGCCCCCGUAUCACUUCACGCGACUCUGAACUGAGCUUCGGCUGGAUUUCGGGAAUCGAUGAACUUCACCAUCCAAACAAACUACCGGAGCCCCUGAUAUGAUUUCGGCUUGUUUUCCCAACUGGACUAACAACAUAAAAUGAAUACCUGCGCAUUUCUCUUGAUCCUGGCUGUUCAGAUUCACGCCGACAGCGUAGAGGGACCAACAGCAGGCUGCACGUUUGAUGAGGACUCCGACCCCAGCCUGUGCGAGUUCAGCCAAGGGGAGGAGGAUGAUUUUGAUUGGCAGCUGUUCCGCGCUCACGCCUCGCCACACUCCACCUCUGAUCUCCUGCGCGGCUCCUACAUGAUGGUCAACUCCUCCCAGCAUGCAGCGGGGCAGAGGGCUCAGCUUCUGCUACAGACGCUAAGUGAAAACGACACGCACUGCGUGCAGUUCAGCUACUUCCUGUACAGCAGAGACGGCCACAGCCCGGGGGCGCUGCGGGUUUAUGUGCGGGUCAAUGGUGGGCCGCUUGGCAUUCCCGUGUGGAAUGUCUCUGGCUCGCGUGGACGACAGUGGCACCAGGUGGAACUGGCAGUCAGCACUUUCUGGCCAAAUGAGUACCAGAUAUUGCUGGAGGCGACUGUGGACCGCAAAGGCUACAUUGCAGUUGAUGACAUACUCCUGUUGAACUACCCCUGCUAUAAAGCCCCUCAUUUUUCCCGUUUGGGGGAUGUGGAGGUCAACGCAGGACAAAACGCCACUUUCCAGUGUGUAGCAGCUGGACGUCCCAAUGAAGCAGAGAAGUUUCUGUUGGAGCGGCACAAUGGUGAAGUGUCUUCAGGUGGUUUUGUCAAGUACUUGGGCCGCAACCGCUUCUCAGUGUCCUUUCAACUGGAGGACGUCCAGAAGCCAGAGCAGGACCUCUACCGCUGCGUCACGCAGUCCUCCAGAGGCUCCGGCGUCUCCAACUUUGCGGAACUCAUUGUCAAAGUUCCUCCAUCUCCCAUUGCUCCACCCCAGCUGUUGAGAGCGGGCUCCACGUAUUUGAUCAUUCAACUAAACACAAACUCCAUUCUGGGCGAUGGCCCCAUCAUCCGUCGGGAAAUCGAAUAUCGGGCCAGCCAGGCACCUUGGUCUGAGAUCCUUGGAGUUAACAUGGUUACCUAUAAACUCUGGCACUUGGAUCCAGAUACAGAGUACCAUAUCAGUGUGCUGCUCACCCGGCCGGGCGAGGGUGGGACGGGACCACCAGGACCACCUCUCAUCAGCAAAACCAAAUGUGCAGAGCCCAUGCGGGCGCUGCGUGGUCUUCGAGCCUCGGAGAUCCAGUCCCGACAGCUGACCUUGCAGUGGGAGACGCCGGCCUUCAACCUGACCCGCUGCCACACGUACUCGGUCUCCUUGUGUUACCGCUACACGACCGCAGGGGGCGGCGGUGGGCACAACACCACGGUGAGAGAAUGCCUGGCUGUGGAGCACAACACUUCACGCUUCACCCUCAGAGAUCUGCCUCCUUUUCACACCAUCCAAAUACGCCUGGCACUCGCCAACACCGAGGGCAAGAAGGAAGGGAAGGAGGUCAUGUUUCAAACUGAGGAGGACAUUCCCGGAGGCAUUGCUCCCGAGUCUCUUACCUUCACUCCACUGGAAGAUAUGAUCUUCCUGAAGUGGGAGGAGCCAGUGGAACCCAACGGUCUCAUCACGCAGUAUGAGAUCAGCUACCAGAGCAUUGAAUCAUCAGACCCCGGGAUCAACGUUCCAGGCCCGAGGCGCACCGUAUCCAAACUGAGGAACGAGACUUACCAUAUGUUCUCCAACCUGCAUCCUGGCACCACCUACCUGAUCUCUGUGCGGGCGCGCACCGCCAAAGGCUUCGGCCAAACAGCACUCACUGAGAUCACCACCAACAUCUCUGCACCUACAUUCGAUUAUGGAGACAUACCUUCCCCUCUGAGUGAGACAGAAAGCACCAUCACAGUCCUGCUGCGUCCAGCACAAGGCCGAGGAGCUCCGGUCAGCACAUAUCAAGUGAUUGUGGAGGAGGAAGCUGGUAGGAAGGUGAAAAGAGAACUGAGCUUUCAGGACUGCUUCCCCAUUCCAACAUCUCACGGUGAGGCUCAGGCCCGUGGAGCGCCACACUACUAUACAGCCGAACUUCCCCCGAGCAGCCUGCCCGAGGCUACACCCUUUACUGUGGGGGACAACCACACCUACAACGGCUACUGGAACAGCCCUCUGGACCCCAGGAAGAACUACCUCAUCUACUUCCAGGCCAUGAGCAACUUUAGAGGCGAAACUAGAAUAAACUGCAUCCGCAUCGCCCGUAAAGCCGCCUGUAAAGACCAUCAGCGUGCUCUUGAGGUCACACAGCGCUCAGAAGAGAUGGGGCUCAUCCUAGGAGUGUGUGCUGGUGGGCUGGUGGUCCUGAUACUGCUACUUGGGGCCAUUAUCAUAAUCAUUAAAAAAGGAAGGGAUUACUACUCAUACUCUUAUUAUCCUAGGAAGCCGGUGAACAUGAAUAAGACCCCCAUUACUUACAGGCAGGAGAAGAGUAAUAUGAUGGGCUCCAUGGAGCGCAGUUUCACUGACCAGAGCACUCUGCAGGAGGAUGAGAGGAUGGCCUUGUCAUUUAUGGACACCCAUACGUGCAGCACUCGCAGUGAUCCACGGAGCUCUAUGAAUGAGUCCAGCAGUCUUCUGGGCGGAUCGCCUAGACGUCAGUGUGGCCGUAAAGGAUCGCCCUAUCACACGGGUCAGCUUCACCCGGCAGUGCGUGUGGCUGACCUCCUACAACACAUCAACCAGAUGAAAACCGCAGAAGGUUACGGCUUUAAACAGGAAUAUGAGAGCUUCUUUGAUGGCUGGGAUAUCAAUAAGAAGAAGGAUAAAACUAAGGGAAGGCACGAUACCCUGAUGGGUUAUGACCGUCACAGGGUGAAACUGCACCCGCUGCUAGGUGAUCCCAACUCCGACUAUAUCAAUGCCAAUUACAUCGAUAUUCGGAUAAACAGGGAAGGUUACCAUCGAUCCAACCACUUCAUCGCCACUCAGGGGCCCAAGCAGGAGACAGUGUAUGAUUUUUGGAGGAUGGUUUGGCAAGAAAACUGCUUUAGUAUCGUCAUGAUCACCAAGCUAGUGGAGGUGGGCAGGGUGAAGUGCUGCAAGUAUUGGCCAGAUGAGUCAGAGAUGUACGGAGACAUUAAGAUCACACUGCUGAAGACUGAAACUCUGGCGGAGUACACAGUGCGAACUUUUGCCCUGGAGCGGAGAGGAUACUCCGCCAAACACGAAGUAUGUCAGUUUCACUUUACAUCAUGGCCUGAGCAUGGAGUCCCAUACCACGCCACGGGUCUGUUAGCCUUCAUCCGGCGGGUCAAAUCCUCCACGCCACUUGACGCAGGGCCUGUGGUGGUCCACUGCAGUGUGGGAGCAGGCAGGACAGGCUGCUAUAUCGUGCUGGAUGUAAUGCUGGACAUGGCGGAGUGUGAAGGAGUGGUGGACAUCUACAACUGUGUGAAGACCCUCUGCUCUCGCCGCAUCAACAUGAUCCAAACAGAGGAGCAGUACAUAUUUAUUCACGAUGCCAUCCUGGAGGCGUGUCUGUGUGGGGAGACGGCCAUCCCGGUAAACGAGUUCGCCCUGGCUUACAAAGAGAUGCUGAGGGUGGAUUCUCAGAGCAACUCUUCACAGCUACGAGAGGAGUUCCAGGUCUUUGUCAACAAUAUCACUCCACAUGUAACUUUACAUAAUUGCAUCUUAAUUUCUCCCAAUUGUGACUUUUAUAUUGACGUUCUUCCACCUGACAGGGCCCUCGCCUUCCUGGUGACCACUGAGGGAGAAAGUAACAACUACAUCAACGCGGCACUGAUGGAUAGUUUCCACCGGCCUGCUGCCUUCAUUGUAACCCCUCACCCGCUGCCCGGCACGACCUCUGACUUCUGGAGGCUGGUGUUUGACUACGGCUGCACCUCUGUGGUCAUGCUGAAUCAGCUGAACCAAUCAAACUCUGCCUGGCCUUGUGUGCAGUACUGGCCCGAACCAGGUCUUCAGCAGUAUGGUCCUAUGCAAGUGGAGUUUCUGUCCAUGUCUGCAGAUGAGGACAUCAUCACCCGGCUUUUCCGGGUCAAAAACGUAACAAGACUGCAGGAGGGUCAGCUGGUCGUGUGCCAGUUCCAGUUCCUGCGCUGGUCUGCAUAUCGUGACGUGCCUGACUCCAAAAAGGCCUUCCUCAACCUGCUGGCCAGUGUGCAGAAGUGGCAGAGGGAGUGUGGGGAAGGUCGUACAGUAGUCCACUGCCUGAACGGUGGUGGCCGCAGCGGCACGUACUGUGCUAGCAACAUCUUGAUGGAGAUGAUCCAGUACCAGAACAUCGUGGACGUCUUCUAUGCUGUCAAGACCCUUCGUAACGCUAAGCCCAACAUGGUGGAGACACUGGAGCAGUAUCGUUUCUGUUAUGAGCUGGUUCUGGAGUAUUUGGACUGCUUGGAGGUCAGAUAGCGGAAUCCCCCCCCCCCCCACCCCUGCCAUGCUGACCUCACUGCAUGGAUCAGGACCACCGGCAGGCUCACUCUUACACCCCCGAUCACCUCUGCUUACCUUCUUACCUUCUUUCUGUCGUCUACAUCAGAUCCUAAAGCCGAAGGAUGAAGAUGGUAAAAAAAAUAAAUAAAAAAUGCGGAGUAGAGUUUUCUGCCUUUUUACCCCAAACAUCUAAAUAUGUUCACCCUUCUGUGUCAUGGCUGUUUUUUCGGUUUAGGAUAUUUUCAGCAUAUUUUUCUCAGAACUGUGAGCGAUUCCAGAGCCUGGCGCAGUGUGGUUGGUUUAGCUCUGCUCGCAGAGAUAGUGGGCCGUUUCUAAAAACGGCAGCUUUAUUUUACACCUGCCUGUUUCUCCCUGGCUGGCUGGACUGAAGAGCAGAAAUAAACAUCACUUGGAGAAGAUCUCUUCAUGUGCAGCGCAGUGGAGCUGAGAAUCGGGCGCCUUUACCGUGGCUCUUAAAAGGAGUCGGGCACCUGCCGUUCCCCUUAAAAAGCGCCAAAAGGACAAACACACACAUGCAUGCCCACACAGAUUCAACCAGCAGACAGCUUUCCAUCAACUGCCUAUCAAGACGCCAACGUUUAGCGAUGCGUGUCUCUUCUCUGAGGAUUGGUUCUUGUAUCAUCGGAGGUGGAGUUUAUUACUAUAUAUGGUGCCAUAUGUCUCAAGAGGAGAUUGACAGGAGAGUUUGGCGGCCACGUUGCCCCACUGUGGCUUUCCUAUCUUGUUGUGACUGUUGUCUUUUUUCCUCUCACUUGUAUAUAUACUUAACGUCUGCUGGAAAUCUCUUACGUCUUAAGUUGUAAGUCUCAAGUGCUAACAGUGGCCCUGUGUGCUUAAAGCAAAGGAAGUACAUUAACAAGGGGCAGACGUGAUGGCAUUCUAAAGCUUGCGGUGGAUUACACCCUGACCUUUAUCCUCUCACUCAAUGCUUUUGAGCGAGCGCAGUUAAUAGUCUUUUUACAACGGCACUGCGAAAUGGGAACGGAGGCGAAACUGUGUCAGAAGUGAGGAAAAAGGGACCAAAAGGAACACCGGCAAUCUUCUUCUUUUCACUUGUAUCUAUUUAUCGGACUGACUCGUGUUCUUUGAGUGAAUUUGUUUAACAAUUGUGCAGCUUUGCGUGUACAGCUGAAUCCUGGGCUCGAGAUUUUUGAAAGCAUUUCUUUAAGUUUACAUUUACAGUCCAUUUCUGUUGCAUUGCAGCAUGUGAUGUGCUUUAUUUGCCACUUUAAUAGCCGGAUACACAAUGCUUUAUCAUCUGAUUGUCAAGUGUGCAUUUCAUGAAUACUGAACUGUGGUGUCUGAUGAUGGUUUUUCAAGCAUCAGAGGUACAAAUCCCAUGGUAGCUAGUCAAAUUUCUGUCUCUCUUUUUAAAAUAGUCAUUUUGGCCUUUCACACCUCAGAGGUCCAUUAUUAAAGGUAUAUGUUUGGCAUAUAUAACAAAAAUUUAUUUUUGUUUUUGCUCCACUCCUAUUGAGCAACAGGUUAUUUUAUGCUAUAUUUUUUAUUUAUUUUAUGCUGCAGUUACAUUUUUUUACACUAUUUUUUAAAUACAAUUUUGAGAUCUUUUGUUGCCACAUUGUAAAAGCAUAUCAAUCUGGCUUUUAAACUUGAUUUAAACAUUUCCCAAAGACUGGUAACGGAAUUUCCCAUAGAAAAUACAUGAAAAACAGCUUAUAUAAAAAUUGAUGUGACCUUCUGAGGGUGAAAAUCAGCCUUCUUUCACUGUCUGUUGGUUGAAAAUAAGUAAAAGAGCUUCAGGCUGUAAUUUGUAAUUAAUUUGUGGAAGGUGCCAGAUACUUUAGUUGCAGUAAGUAGAAACGACAUCCAGGAGUUCAGUGAUAAAAAUACCAAACUGUAUUUACCACCAUUUAAUUACAGUAGUUUAAACUAAAAGCACUAAAUAAAAUGGUAUCCACAUCAGUAUUACACACACACAUCUCUCAAAUUAUGACCCCCAACUGUGAAAUUGCCAUAUCAGCAAGAUGCCAAGUUAGCAAACCACAGAGGCGUUUUCUCAAUGAUUACAUUACUCCGCAUAAACCAUCUCAGAUGUCAGCCUGCCUCAGUCCACACUGACUGACGGCUCACGACUGCGUCAAAUGACUGAUGGUGUUAGCAAGCUGUUUUAGUUAAAGGGACAGUUCUCUCAAAAAUGAGAAAUCUGCCACGACUUGUUGUUCCAAACCUGACUUUAUUUCUACUGUAAAACACAAAGCAUUUGGGACGAUAUGAUGACAGAAUUUUCAUUUUUGGACAAACUGUUGUUCUAAGGGAGCCAGAGAAAAUAUUGAUUGAACAGAUUACACAGACAAUGUUGUGACUUUUUUUUUUCACCAAAUCCCCCUUUGGACUUUCUUGGAAAGUGCCUGGACACUCCGAUUUCAAGUGGAAAGUAUGUGUACAUAUAGAUGUAUAUUUGUGUUCUGUGAAUAGUAUGUGAAUAAAGUUUGUUCGGUCAGAUUUAACGAUUUAAAAGUAACAGAAAGAGUUGAAUGUACUGUUUAAGACCUGUUUCCUGAAUAUGCCGCCAAAAUAUCUGACACAUGCUCAGUCAGCUGAGGAGGAUUUCUAAAAGCCAUCCCAAAGUCGCCCCUUCAGAAGGCCCAUUCAGUCACUUUAAAACCCUCCAAUGAUUGUUUUGUUUUUUUAUAGCCAUGCUCAUUCCAAAGACAUUAGCCAACUUCUAAUGGUCUCUAUAGUCACUUCGAUGCUAAUACCGCAUAACUAUCCCUAGUGUGUCACUAUGAGAGAGGAAGGACUUUAGCCACUCUUGAAGCUGUUGAGCCAGGUCCUAGUUUUGUUUGUUUAUUUGUUUCCUUCCAAGUGUUUCUGUAUGAUACUGAAUGAUCUGGAAAAAGAACUGUGUUUUGAACCAUGUGUUUGUGGGACAGGCAGAGGACACAGAGGCAUAUAUCUCAUGGGGAACUGAGGGUUGGGGUGGGAUGGGUGUUCAAACAAUAAAAUGUUCUAAGACUGUAA